AUGACGUUGCAGGUUUCCUGGGUCCGGCAUAGGGACGUUCAUCUGCUCACCAUCGGUCGUUACACGUACACGAACGACCAGCGAUUCAGGCCGAUCCACAACGCGCAGACGGACGAUUGGACGCUGGAGAUCAAGUAUCCACAACUUCGGGAUAGCGGUUAUUACGAGUGUCAGGUCUCAACGACGCCACACAUGAGUCACAUCGUAUACCUGGAUGUGAUCGGACUGAUUGUUGCCUAUAUCUCUCCAUCUCUGUCUCUUCAAUUCAUUCGUGGGUAACUAAGUAGCAAUCACACGGUGAAAAAAUAUUA